AUGAGCCUUCAAAUUAAUAUAAUUCUGCAAUGUUUCGAUAAAAUGCUUCAUGUGUCGCAUACAAUAAUCGUAGAACUCUGAUCAAACUACUGACUUGUAUAUGCAUUCGCAACAUUUACCGAAGCAACAAGUUCGAUAGCUUUCAAUCGAUCGGAUUGUUUUCGUAGUAGACUUUCUUUUCGCGCAGACGCUACAACGACCAUUGCUAUAAUAGUCAUAUUAGUAGUCGUCGUGCCAUCGCGUAGUCACAAUGUGUCGGUCGGUGACUAAAGAUUUGCACGAUCACAGCAUACAACUGAAUCGGUGGUUUCUAAAGCCGAUAGGCGCGUGGCCGCGAUCUACCACAACUUCGAGCAGCGAAAAAGCUGUGUCUCGCGUUCUAAUAUUCGUCUGUUAUUUUUUAAUAGCCUUCACUGUGGUGCCGUGCGCGUUAAACAUCUUCUUCGAGGAAAAGGACAUCGAGCUGAAACUCCGUGCAAUCGGUCCUCUAAGCCAUUGGCUUAUGGGCGGAAUGAAUUAUUGUUCCCUCUUGCUGCGUAGCGCCGAUAUACGUCGAUGCGUGCGACAUAUGGAAAUGGACUGGCAGAUCAUCAAGCGAUCGAGGCAUCGCGAGAUCAUGGCAAAGAAUGCAAGAUUAGGCAGAUUCGUGGCAGGUUUCUGCGCGAUAUUCAUGCACGGCGGUGUUUUCUCCUACAGCAUCGUGUCCGGGAUGACGACGGUGAUAGUGCCGAUCGACAACAAUCUUAGUGUCCCGAUGCUACAGCUACCUUGUCCCUCGUACAGCAAGUUCGUGGAUGCCCGAUUCAGCCCGGCUAACGAAAUCGUGCUAAUAAUGCAGAUGUUUUCAUGUUUCAUAGUAAACUCUACCACUGUCGGAGCUUGCAGUCUUGCUGCUGUUUUCGCUAUGCAUGCGUGCGGUCAGCUCGAUAUUUUGACCUUGCGUCUAGACAAACUCGUCGAAGGUGAAGAUGUGAAGGAAAAUGAUUCGGCCCAGCGGAGACUAGCCGAUAUCGUGGACCAUCAUUUGCGUGUUUUAAGGUUUAUAUCGAGCAUCGAAAAUGUUAUGCAUCAAAUAUGUCUGGUAGAACUAGUUGGAUGUACUUUUAACUUAUGUAUGCUUGGAUAUUAUUCAAUUACGUGGUGGAAUAAAAUUGAUACAAAAGGCAUAAUAGCAUAUAUUAUUGUAUAUAUAUCCAUGAGUUUCAAUAUUUUUAUAUUUUGCUACAUAGGUGAAAUUUUAACUCAACAGUGCAAGAAAGUUGGUGAAACAGCAUACAUGACCGAUUGGUAUCGCUUACCUCGUAAAACAGCUCUUGGAUUGAUCUUGAUUAUAUCCAGAUCGAGUGUCGUGAUCAAAAUAACUGCGGGAAAAUUGAUUCAACUUUCCAUUGCAACUUUCAGUGACGUUAUUAAAACGUCCCUCGUAUAUCUGAAUAUGUUACGAACUGUUACAACGUAAGCAUAAAUGCGAUCGUAGAGAUUUUCGAUAAUAUUCUUAUCUUCUUUAUUUGUGUAACAUUUUUAAAAGGCAUAC